GUGAAAUCAGCGGAUAGUGCUGGAGAAGCAAACUGCCUGGCAAUUUCAAUUCAGGAUGAGUUGUAUUUUGUUACAGUAAGAGACUUACCUCCAUCUACUGAAUUGACGUUUUAUUCUCGUGAGGAUCCAACCGUAGAAUUUUGGACAACCUGGACGGAAGCGUGGGCAAACCAGACCCGGUGCAUUCGCUGCUCAAUACAAUUUGAAGAUAUUGCUGAUUACAGAGUUCAUAUCUCUGUUUGGCAUGACACUUCCUUUCAGGGGAACCCACAGAACCGAAUAUAUUUCUGUCCAGACUGUGGAGCAAAGAGGAUCGGGGCCAAGGAUAUUGUUAAACAUUGCAGGAUUGAACAUGGUAACCUGGCCUUCCCUUGUAGAUAUUGCAAAAGGAGGUUUGAGUCAUACAAUUCCCUGAUAAAACAUAAGAAGAGAUUACAUGCUGAGCAGAAACCACAGUUUAAGUGUACCGAGUGUGGAAAGACCUACAGAGAUUCCAAAGCCCUAAAGGCUCAUGUAGACUCAAUACACUACAAAGUGGCAGAACUGAACUGCGGACACUGUGAAAAGAUGUUCUCUUCAAAAUAUGCUUUAAACAGGCAUAUCAAAGAAGUUCAUGAUAGAAUAGUCCAACAUACGUGUGAGGAGUGUGGAAAAUCUUUUGCCCAAUUCAGCAACUUAAAAAUACACUGGAGAACACACACUGGUCUGAAACCCUUUAUUUGUCAACAUGAGAAUCCAGUGUGUAGAGUUUCUUUCACUACAAAACAGUGUUUACAGGUCCAUUAUAGAAAGAUUCACGGAUAUAACGACAACACUAUGCCAACAAUACAAUCUAAAUCUUCAGACUUUCCUCAUCAUUACCGGUAUCAUAGACAAUCACAACAGUGUCAACAACGAAAAGAUCAACACGGGAAUUAUACCAAGUUGAAUCAGUAAAAUAUUAUACCAUAGAGCUGCAGAGCAACUUUAAAGGUAUCAUGAUUGAUCCCGAAAAUGUCUGACGUAAGUUAAUAUAAAAUAAUAAUAAAAUAAGUCAAAUGUCUUGUCAUGAAGACCGAUGAAUUGGCGUAUUUUUUCAUUGACAAAUAUAGAAAGUAUUUAAAAUUUUGUACCAUUCUCAAAAAUGCAAGAAGCUUUUGAAAAAGCUUAAAAGAUAGUUAGUAAUCCAUAUUUUAAUUUUGUUUCUCAUAACUUGCAACAAUUGUUUUUUGCUUACAUACGUAAAUAAGUACAAAAUAUGAAUGAUGGUAAAAUCAAAUAUUGUAAAAGUAUAUAAAUUAGAAUAAUCUUUUUAUAGAUAGCACCAAAGCCUUUCAUAUACACACAAAGGAUAAGACUUUAAAGACGAACUAAAUCUUUUUAUUAUUGCGAACUGAAGGUUAACUUAGAUCUUCUUCCUUGAAGGGACUGUAAUGGAAAAAUGAAAGGGGGGUAAAGGCUGAAACCUAAGCAUUUUAGGAGUUGAUCG